AUGACUCUCAUCCGAUCAGCAGUUUGUAGGGCCUGCAGACGGUCCCAAUUUCAGCUGCGACGGAACUUUGCGACAGCCAACGGCCAACAGGCUACAUCGAAUACCAAGGUCAAGCUUGUCGAGGUUGGUCCUCGCGACGGAUUACAAAAUGAGAAGAAGACAAUUCCACUUGCUACCAAGAUCGAUCUGAUCGAGCGAUUAGCCAGGACUGGUGUUUCUACGAUUGAGGCCGGGUCUUUUGUCUCGCCGAAAUGGGUUCCUCAGAUGGCAAAUUCGAGUGAAAUUCUUGAGCACCUGCUUCAGAACAAAGUACAAGCACCUGUUCCCAUGACAUAUUCCUUCCUGGCCCCCAACACCAAGGGGCUCCAAAACUGUGCCGACAUUCUGAAAGCCAACCCCGAAACCUUCUCCACUCAACUUGACCCUCGAGCCGAUAGCAACGGCGAACCUAAGCCUGCAAUGGAAGUCGCCGUAUUUGCGGCAGCCACCGAGAGCUUCUCACAAAAGAACCUCAACUGCGACAUCCAGACGUCCUUGGAGCGAUUCAAGGCUGUCAUCCAGGACUCCAAGGCUCUAGGUCUUCGAGUUCGGGCAUAUAUCUCUGUUGUUUUGGGGUGCCCGUUUGAAGGAUUCGACGUUGACCCUCACAAGGUUGCCGAAAUCGCCACAGAUCUUCUCGAGUCGGGAGCCGAUGAAAUUUCCCUGGGCGAUACUACCGGUAUGGGUACUGCGCCUCGCACCAGCGCCUUGCUAAGGUGCAUGUCUGCUGCGGGCAUUCGCACUGAGGACAUCGCCAUGCACUUUCACGACACGUAUGGCCAGGCAUUAGUCAACACUGCGGUAUCGUUGGAGCACGGUAUUAGAACGUUUGACAGCAGUGUAGGUGGACUUGGUGGCUGUCCUUAUAGCCCUGGUGCGACUGGUAACGUCUCCACGGAGAACAUGGUUUACUUUAUGGAGACACUAGGCAUGGAUACUGGUAUUGACCUGGAUGCCAUGACUGAUAUUGGGUCGUGGAUUUCGACGGAGUUGGGUAAGUCGAAUGGUAGUACUGUUGGAAAAGCGGUGCUGGGGGCGAGGGCUAGAGCUGCGGCCGAGGCUGCCAAGGCUUGA